CCUAGAGGACAGGAACAAUGUAAGGGGAACAAGUCUUAUUUAAUUUUUUAUAACAAAGUGUGGAGCGGUUUGAUCGAAUUUAGAGCAUGGAGCAGACAAAAAAUAUCACAUCCAGAUUGUUUCAAACGUCUGUUGUCGAAAAUAAAGACGAUAUUGAGGAGAAAUUGGAACGAAGUUAUAAUACUUUACAAAAUUUAAUAAAAGAUUUGAGUGAGAAAGAAGCGCAUGAUGUUUUAAAUAAUGCGGUUUGUAAAGAUAAGAGUCAUGAAGAAAUAUCAUUAGGUUUAUUAGUCGUAAUUUUAACGGAACCAAAGAACGCUGCUAAAAGUUAUCGAGAUCUCACGUUAAUCACACGAGAUGGUUUACAAUUGGUGCUUACGAAUUUAUCACAAUUGAUUUUGGAUCGAUUUUUAAAGUUCCAUGAUAUUGUACGAACCCAGCUGUUAUGGCUUGUACGAGAAAUGAUUCGAAAUGCUGUUGCAAACGUGGACAAUUUGUGUUGGAAUUUAAUGCGUCAUGCGGCUGGUGGUGAUGUAUCACCUCGAAACAUCAGUUUAGUGGAUAAAUUAUUAGAUAUUUAUCAAGAAAAUCGUGCGUGGUUAGAUAAAUUUCCCGUUUUAAUUGCAUCGGUUGUGUAUACGUAUUUACGAUUAAUCGAAGAUCAUAGUUCAGUGAAUUUAAUCGCGUUACGACAAAAAGAAACAAUUUUUAUGGUGAAUUUAAUUCGUGAACGUUUCGCUGAUUGUAUAUUAAUCGGGAGGGAUUUUGUGAGGUUAUUACAAAACGUGGCUCGUUUACCUGAAUUCGAACAAUUAUGGAAGGAUAUUUUAUUAUCGCCAAAAUCGUUGUGUCCAAGUUUUAGUGGUGUGUUACAGUUGUUACAAACGAGAACUUCACGACGAUUCUUACAAUCGCGUUUAACACCGGAUAUGGAACGUAAAUUAGUGUUUUUAACGUCACAAGUGCGGUUUGGUAAUCAUAAACGUUACCAAGAUUGGUUUCAACGACAAUAUUUAGCAACACCGGAAUCACAAUCGUUACGUUGCGAUAUGAUUCGAUUUAUUGUGGGUGUUAUUCAUCCGACGAACGAAUUGUUAUGUUCGGAUAUUAUACCACGAUGGGCUGUGAUCGGAUGGCUUUUAACCACAUGUACCUCAACUGUAGCGGUUUCAAACGCUAAAUUAGCCUUGUUUUACGAUUGGCUAUUCUUCGAACCGGAUAAAGAUAAUAUUAUGAAUAUUGAACCGGCGAUUUUAGUUAUGUACAAUUCAAUGCGAUCGCAUCCAGCGGUUUCAGCAACGUUACUCGAUUUUUUAUGUCGAAUUAUACCGAAUUUUUGUCCCAGUUUAGUGGAUAAAGUUCGAGCGGGUAUUUUUUCAUCGUUACGACAAAUUUUGGAAAAACGUGUCUUACCUGUGUUAUCACCGUUAUUUGAUAGUCCAAAAUUAGAUCGAGAACUUCGUGCGAUGGUUCGGGAAACAUUUAAAGAAUUUUGUAGUUCAGCGGAAACAUCAGUUAAAACGGAAGAUGUUAAAACUGACGAAGAUGUUGAAAUACAAAAUCAUUUAGUUAAUAAUCAUAAAUUAUCGACGGAAACGGAACCUGCAUUUAGUGACGAAGAAGAUGAACCUCCGUUAAUUAUACACACCCCAGAGGAUGAUACCGACGACGAUGAUAUACCGUUAGCGAAAGUACGUCUCAAAGAAAAAACCACCUUACCUGGGGAAUACGAAAUACCUUCCCUACUCGAAGGUGACCUACGUUCGGCUGUUGAACGUCUCCAAACGGAAUCGGAUAAUGAAACACGUUGUCAAGCAAUGGAAUCCAUUGUACAACAAAUAAUCGAACAAGAUUUCGAAUCAGAAGUAUUAAGCGCACUUUCGAACUGUUUAUGUAAUCUUCUUCGAGAGAAAUUAACCAAUAAUAUUUUCCCCGAACAAUUAACCGAUGAUAAUUUACAAGAUAGUAUUGGAACACCAUUAUUUGUCAUGUUUCGUAAUUUAUAUCAAAUGUGUCGAGAAGACGAUCGACGACGACAACCGUUAGUGACGGUUUUAGCUGAAAUGUAUUUAGCACAACCGAGACUCGGUUAUUAUUUGUUGUAUUUUUUAAAAGUAUGGACCGAUGAGGAAGUUAAACGACAAGGGGAACAACCGAAAUUGAAUGUUAUUAAAGCGGGCGUGUAUAAAGAUUUUUGCCAGGGUGCGGAACGUAAAUUGGAUGUUUGUUUGUUAGCGGACUUAGAACUUUGCUCGGAUGACGACAUGUAUUUGUUGCUGUAUAUUGUGCCUGAUGUUUAUCGUGAUUUUAAGCCUCAAACGUUGAAUAAUAUCCAAAUUUUACGGGUGGUCGUAUCGGUUAUCGAUGCACGACAAUUACAGGACUUAGUCUGUCAUAUUUUACAGGGGAAAUUAGUAAUGUUUAAAAAUGAUUCGAUUCAAGUGGUGUUAGAAGCGACGUUAGAAUGGGAAACAUUCGAACAGUUUUGUGUAUGGCAAUUAAUAUCCGCACACGAUGUUUCCAUUGAUUUAUUAUUACCUUUGUUGCCUAAAUUAGAAUUUAAAAAACAUCCCGAAGCAAUUACAUCGCUGUUGUUGAUGUUAAAACAGAAGAAACCGAAUGCGGAACUCAUUAAAACGUUGUUUUCGCGCGAUGUGAAAAACGACAGUGGUGAUGUGUUAGUGUUAUCAACGCUUAAGUUUUGGAGUCAGGACCAUACAGACAUUCUAGGUGAUUUAAUAUCGAAUUUAUUAAGUACAAGAUAUCCAGCAACAUCGCCGAAUAAAAGAAAACGUACGACGACGAAAAAUCAAAGUAUAACGAGUCCAAGUGGACCUGGUUUACCAACGGCGGAACAAGUACUCACACAUUUAGAUCAAUUACGACGAUGUUGUAGUGGUCUGGUUUUAUACAGUUUGGAGAAUAUGCAACGGGCUUUGAUGCAAGUGCAAAGUUAUUGUACGGAAUCACAGAAAAAACAGUUUGGUGAUUUGUUUGCGUUGGCGGAAGAGGAGGAAGUGUUGCCGUCGAGUAAACCACGAUCUAGUCGUGGUCGAAGACCUGCUGUUGCACCACGACCAGCUGCAAAACGGACAGCUCCCAGAGAUGUUACGGAUAGUUCUGAAAAUUCCAGCGAGGAAGAAGAAAUAGUAAAACCAAAACAAGCAAAAAAACGAAAAAAAGUGGUAUCGGACAGUGAUUGACCAAUUUUGCUCCAAUCUAAACAAUUUUUGGAAAAAAUUUUUGGAGCAAAUAAAUGUCUUUCAAUAAUAAUUCAUUCAGAGCAUCAUUCGGCAAUGUUUGCCAUGAUACAGAAGCAACCAACCAAUUAUAACGGAUAUAAUUAUAUAUCAGUCGCAAUAACGAUCAAAAACCGUACACCUUGUACCAGGUAUUUAAAAAUUGUGACUAGUGUUGUAUGUAAA